AUGCAUUCCCCGUCGCAAGACCCCGACCGACGGCCCGACCAGAUCGUGAGGCGCGUGUCUCGGGCCUGUCUGCACUGCCGGCAGCGCAAGUCUCGCUGCGAUCUUGAUAGCAAUGGCAACCCCGGGAAACCGCCAUGCCAGCGCUGUGUUCGCGAACAUCGCGAAUGUAUUCUCGGCGGCUCCAAUCGCGGCGGUCGUCGCAUCCGCAAGAAUAAGAUCAAAAACUUCACUCCCGCCCAGCAUACCACAAAGGCUAUCUCCAAUACUCCGCCAAGCAAGGAAUCUGACGAGAUCUCGAGUCCAAAUGACUCCGUUUCCAAUAAUGCACUUUCGGCCUCAUACCCGGGGCCCGUCGUCUUCCUCACACCUAAUCCAACAGGUGCAACAACCACGCAUGCAGUAGAUGACGAUGAAGCCUCUAUGGAUUCAGUCCCGCGCAAUCCAUCCGAUGCAUGGCAACGUCUGACCGACAUUGCUACCCAUAAUGCACCUGCAAUAGUCCAUUACACUGAGUCCGCAAGGGUCGGUUCGGGAAGCCUGCCCGCGCAUAAUGGACUACACAAUGGUGUCUCUGAGUACAAUUCUCCUAAUACGGGCAUUAGGGCAUAUCGUUUGGUUCAGUCUCGUGCCCUAGACCCGGGGACCGUGUGGCAGCUAAUUGUGCGCUAUGAAGAGAACUUUCACCCCUACCUCCCACUUGUACCGCGCAAAUACUUUGAUCGGGCCGCGCUGGACGAGUUCGCUGCCAAUGAGAAGUUCCUGCUUACCGCGAUCCUCACAAUCGCCUCUAAAGACCUUGUCGAUCGCCCCGAGAUCCACGAGUGCUCGUCAAAAUACAUGCUCAACCUAAUAACAGAUGUCUCGGCUGGAGCAGAAUGCGAUGUGGAUGCCGUUGAGGCGUUCUUGUUGCUGGCCGAAUGGGAGCCCCAAGGCCUCAGAUCUCACAUUGAGAGGGUGGGUCGCGGAGAGGAAGACCGCGCUGCUUGGAUGCAUGUAGGGCUAGCUCUCCGAUCGGGUUAUUUCAUGGGAUUGGAUCGCACGUCCUUCCGUGGCGAUCCUCACGGUGACCAAGUGACCGAGGCCCGUCGCCGAUUGGCAUGGGCGUCAUGUUACGUUUGUGAUCGUCUAAUUUCAGUACGAAUCGGCCGAGCUUUCUGGUCGCGUGGUCCGGGCCCAAUGACUGGUCUCGUCAGUCAGGACUUCCCGUCUUUACAGCCGACCAAGGAUGGCGAAGAGGACUAUUCCAAGAUCUUCCAGGCGAUGUUGGAUCUGACACAACUCUAUGGAAAUGUCCACGAAGUAUUAUACUCGGGCAUGCGGACUAGCAAUCAAAUGAUGUUGAUGGGGGAUUAUGUGAAAUACGUGGACGACUUCCGUCUUGCCAUCUUGAGAUGGAAAUCCCUGUGGGGGCCAUUAAAUUGUGAGUUUCAUCCCGACAUGUACAGUGCUCCCCCCGCUAUGCGUGCAACGUUGAAUCUCUCCUACGAGUAUCUGCGGCUCUAUACCACGGCAUUCGCAUUCCAGGCAGCGAUCUCGCAAUCUCUGGUGAAGCCGAAGACAGAAGGGAUUUCUCAAAGAGAACAAUUGAGAACAACCUUCAAGAAUGUUGCAUCAAUGCAAGACGCUCGGUUCAUCUACGAAUCGGUCGAUGCAGCGAAGGCGUACUUGACAAUCUUGGUGGAUUCAGUUGACCCUGAGAGGCACUUGCAUUUCAUGCCUUUACGAUUCUACCUGUACGGUAUUUACUCUGCUGUCUUUCUCUAUAAGGCUCGAUCUUUCGGGAUGAUGGUACCUUCGGAGGAAGCCAAGGUCCAAGGCCUGGUUGCCCGAACUAUGGAAGUCCUCAAACAAGCUAGCGCGGGGCCUAACGAUGUUGGAGCUCGUUACUCUCGUCUUCUUGAAUUACUGUGGAAGCCAAAGGCUGCUACAUCGGCAGAAAUGCCCCAAAACGCUGACUACAGCAUGCAAACAACACUUCCGGACCCCGUCACAGACGCUUCUUACAUGGAGUUCAGCCCUGCGAAUGACUUCUCAUGGCUUGACUUAGAGGCUGUAGGAGAUUACGUUUCAGGCGACCAGAUAUCUGGCGGCUUGUUAGGAUUGGAUACAUUCCAAAAUCCCUCUGAUCCAUAUCAGACGGCCCCAGAUCGAUCGCAGUCCUGGCAACCACCUACAUGGCUCGGUGACAUGAGUAGUAACCUGCUCUUUUAG